CACUACUUGAUUUGUCAAUGAGUCAAUCUGUCAGGCUACGACAUGUCACCAAAAAUCUUGUAAACACGGCAGUUUCAAUAAAAAUAUUGGACUUAUACUAAUUAAGUGUGAAUAAAUGCCUACCAUGGAAGCAAAAGACGUUUGCGUUGAAAUUGAAAACGAUGAGUUCUACAGUAAGUUCUUGGACGAGUCCAUAAAACCUAUAAUUAAUGAACAGGUAUCGGUAACAGAUCAAGUGAAUAAACUUACUCAGGGGAUUGAAAAACUGAGCAAAAGCUUAGAAAAACAAGUUCUUGCCAAACAUAAUGAUCUUCUUACGCAGGCCAGUCAUAUAUCCGAUUUGGAAAUGACUUUAGAGUCGGUCCAAACGCAAGUACAGAACUUGUUACGCGGCGCCGAAAAAUUAAAAGAACGAGUGCAUACACCGUAUUACGCAUUAGAGAACCAAACGUUGAUGCUAGAGAGAGUGCAAUCAACUUGCAAUUUACUUCGACAUUCUUCUAAAAUCUUAGUAUUGUGGAAUAAGUUACAAGGUGUCAAAGAUAACCCAUCGAAAGAAGCUAUCAUCCUCUUCGAACUUAACGAGUUGAUCAGUGAUUACGACUUUGAGGGGAUUGAUCUACUUGAUGAAAUCCUGAAGGCUGUGCAGCAAAGAAGAAGUGACUUGUUGAAGAAUUCUACAGACUUAUUGCAGUCUAGUCUAUUGAGUGGAGACAAAGUCAAACUUUUGCAGUGCUUCAAAGUAUUUCACAACCUGCAAUGUACAGAGGAACAGAUAAAAAAUACUGUAAACAGUAUACUGAGUGAUUUGAAGAAGGAAAUCACAGCAGCAUUAAAUGUUCAAAUGGUCACAAUUGAAGUUAAAAAGUCAAGCUCUGGAAGAGUAGCCCCUGGGAAAGCAAAUAUCAUGAAUUCCCAAGACUUUAAAAUAAAACUAUGGGACAAUAUUGAAAAACUUUUUAAAGUUGACAUUUAUAACAGCUGCACCAAAGUUAUCAUGCUACAAAAUGUGAUCAAUGAGUUACAUGCUAUUGGAAACUUCAGGAACAUUGCAAAGAACUUCUGGUCCGAGUUAUGCCAAGUCUUUAGCAAUGAACUUGAAAAAAGUCCUCUAACUGUCAACCAAUCUGUAGAAAUUGACUUCCCUAGACUACUCAAGAGUUUCAAUGAUUUACUUUCUAGGCUAAAAUGCAAGAACCUCGAGAUGAACCGGUCAUGUCUAACUAAAUGGGAGAACUCCUUCCUAUCAAAAUCUUUGGGAAAGCUGUUAGAACCUGUAAGAAGUAUGUGGCAUAUGUCACAAGUACCUAACAUGGAUCAGGUUGAUAAUGCCAUUAGAAUCAUAGCAGAGGCCCUGAGCAUCUCACUUGGGGACAAACAGCUGAGCAUCAGUCUAGCUAACAGUGUUGCAAAAUCAAUAAAGCAAAUGAAUGUUGAAGCUGAGCAGAGGCUGUCAAUGGACAGUGAUGUUGCCCAAAUCAUUGAACCACCAACAAGCACACAACAGAAGAAUGCAGACCUCUGCAAUGCCUUAUACUAUUUCUCAUCACAAAUCAAAAGGGUCCUUGUAAAUAUGAACUCAAUGUUGCCCCAAGAAAGUAUCCAAAUUGUUCAAAAUAGUUUGAAGGAUAUUUCUAGUAUGCCUAUACUACAGCUGUUUGCUGAAUCUAUCAAAAAUUCUUUGUAUAUUAUCCUCAUGACUAUGCAUGAUGAGCCUGACCUGAUCAGGGCUGAUGACCCGGCUGGCAAGACCCUGUCCUGCUCCCCUUACAUGAAGGAGCUCCAGCAGUUUGUAUCAAGAUGCAAAGACAUCUACUUGUCCAUGUUCACUGAAAAGCCCGCUCUCAAUGAGUGUUGCCUAAACAUUGCCAGAGCUUGUGUUGAAAGGUUUAUCCAGCAUAUUUGUAAUGUUAGACCUUUGAGUAAAUUUGGCAGAACUAAGUUACAGAUAGAUUGCAAGCAUUUGGAGAUUGCUUUGUCACCAUUAGUUAAUGAUAUGACUGAGCUUGGAGACCAUUACAGACAACUGAAAGCCUUGCAUCUGUUAUUGGAGAAGACCCCACAAGAAAUAGCUAAGAGCCAAACAGAAGGAGCUUGUUUACCAUAUUCUUUGGUCAUGAUGUUCUUAUUUUCUCAUGGAGGGCAUCACUUAUUGGCGCCCCACACUUGUGCUGGUUGGAAUGUGCAAAAACUGAUGCAGUGGUUGGACUCCCACAAGAACGAAAGAGAGAGACUGGAGUUCAUCGCGGGAGCUUUGCAGAGAUAUCAAAACCAUGUGAGACAGAACCAAAUCGCGACCUAUGAUGAAGUAUACCCAGUAUUGCUACAGUUGUUAGAUGAUGGCAGAAAGUCCAUAAAGAAGUAAUUGACUUAUACAAUUUUAAGUAGCUAUAUUUUAACUGGCUAGCUUUCAAAAAGCCAUACCUAUUGUACCUUAAGUAUACUAUAUUUUAGUUAUAACCUUUUUAACAAGGGGUAUAUUAUUUAUAAAAUGCAAACUAUAAUUUAAAAUAUUAAGUCAUUUAUUGAAAAUAAACUGUUAAAACAAAAACAAUGUCUUCUUAUAUCCCCUUAUAUCUGGAGCGUGCCGCGCUUUGUGUCACCUAUGUUGAGAUGACGCACGAAAUUAAUUCGACGAGUCCAGACCUCGAACCUCUUGCUAAAAUGAGCAAAAUAACAUUUGAGCAUGUCGAACUACAAGCUACCAUUAACAGAAGUCUGGGAGGUGGUUAAAUGGUCUUUCCUGGAAGCAACUUAACCAGACAAGAAACGAAUAAUGAGCGCUCUUAUAGAUUACUUUUUUAAUUAGGUAUUUUGACUAUUAAAUAAAAACAAGGGACUUUACAGGCGCUCGCAGAAGUUGACAUGAUUCUGUUUUGUUACUUAUCAAUGAUUUAUUAUCUUCCUGCACUUAUUUUAAGUAAUGAAAAUCUGUUUCAAGUAACUAUCUCAAGUAUUACUACUAAUAGAAUCAAAAGUAUUAAAAUAAAACUAUUUGAAACGGUCGAUUCAAGUAUUCAAAAGCAUUAUCUGUGUAUAGAAUCAAAAAUAAACUACCAUGGAAUCUUU